AUGUCGAGCGGUCAAGCGAGUCUCGCCGUCGGUGCGAUUGGCCUCAUGCUGCUAGCGGGCAGCCUCGCCGCCCCGGCCAUGAGCCUCGUCCCGACUGCGGUCGUCGUGCCAAUGGGCAUCGUGGGUGUGACAACCGUGGGGCUGAUUGCGUAUUACCUCUGGAUCGGGUACCAAGAGGCGAGUGCAUUUGCGACAGAAACGUCGCCGCUUCUCGGAUCACGCUUGACGGACGCCACGGGCCGCAACGUGGCACGCCGCCUGCGCGCAUGCUUGUACGUUGGUCGCAUUUUUUCUGCGUGGGGAGACCGCAUGUGGCAAUUUGCGAUCCCACUUCUCUUUAUGGAGAUUUACAAGGACACGCUGCUUCCAAGUGCUCUCUUUUCCCUUGUUGUCUACGUGGUGGGUCUGGUGGCGCUCCCACGCAUCGGUCGCUGGCUCGAUGCGACCAACCGCCUGUCCGUGCUCGCGCGCUCCAUCGCUAUCGAAAACACUUGCGUCGUCUUCAGCACCGCGUCCCUCGCAUCCCUUCUGCUAGUCUCGUCGCCGUACGUUCGGACUGCCGAGGCCUGA